AUGAUGGCAGUGAGAAUGCGCUGCAGCGCCCGUCGGGUUCUUUCGGCCGGGCAGAAGGAGGCGAAGAUCAAGGAGCUGGUGGAGCAAGCGGUUGCAGCGAAGGCCAAUGCCCCCUGCAAGGCCUUGAAGAGGCGGGUCUUCCAACGCGCGCGCAAAAAGCUGGCUCACCUGCUAACGCAGGAGGAGUUCGAAAUCGCGGUGGAACGUCUGAAACAGUUUGACGAAGAGGCGGAGUUUUCUCCCCCUGCUGCCCACCCUUCCGAGAUUUCGCGACCGCCACCUCAAGCGCCGCUCUGCAUGCCGCUACGCAUCAUCGCAGUGCCAUUAUUUGUGCCUGUGAUGCCAGCCCAGGCGAUACAUCAGGAAGCAGCUCCCUUGGGUUCUCCAAGCUCGACACCGGAAUACGAGGCUGUGGAUCAGCCUUCAGCUUCUCACGGUGGCUUUAUGCUGCCACUGCCACCCGUGGAGGAGGCUGAGACGCCCACCGCUGCGCGUUAUUUCACGCUCGGGGAGUCGUCGAAAGUUGCCCCUCUCACUUUUGCUUCGGACUCCGAGAUUCCGACGCCGCGCGCUGUGUACUACCAGCGCCAGGACAGCCCAGUCAGCAGCCCCCGCCGCACGGAUCAGAACUCUGAGGUUCAAGCGUCACCACGAGAUCUUCAACUGGAGGAGUACGAGGCACCGAUUUGGAGUCGGAGCUUCACCGAAGGCUACUGCAUGCCCAUUAAGAGGACGUUCAUCCAGUUCAACACAUGCGAACAUGUGGGACACCGCCGUUCUCGGUCAGUUUAA